GCGUGCGCACGCGCCGACCGCCGGUCACGUGGCCCCCGGCCAGGGCUGGCGAAGCCGGAAGUAUCCCGAGGCUCGAGGAGGCCGCGGGAGCCGGCUGGCGGUGGCGCGGCGGAGAUCCGGCGCGUAUAAAAGAAUCACCUGACCAAGCCAAGAUGCAGAGCACUUCUAAUCACCUGUGGCUUUUAUCUGAUAUUUUAGGACAAGGAGCUACUGCAAAUGUCUUUCGUGGAAGGCAUAAGAAAACUGGUGAUUUAUUUGCCAUCAAAGUAUUUAAUAACAUAAGCUUCCUUCGUCCAGUAGAUGUUCAAAUGAGAGAAUUUGAAGUCUUAAAAAAACUUAAUCACAAAAAUAUUGUCAAAUUGUUUGCUAUUGAAGAAGAGACAACAACAAGGCAUAAAGUACUUAUUAUGGAAUUUUGUCCAUGUGGAAGUCUCUACACUGUUUUAGAAGAGCCGUCCAAUGCCUAUGGACUACCAGAAUCUGAAUUUUUAAUUGUUUUGCGAGAUGUGGUGGGUGGAAUGAAUCAUCUCCGAGAGAAUGGCAUAGUGCAUCGUGAUAUCAAGCCCGGAAAUAUCAUGCGUGUCAUAGGGGAAGAUGGACAGUCUGUGUACAAACUCACAGAUUUUGGCGCCGCUAGAGAAUUAGAAGAUGAUGAGCAGUUUGUUUCUCUUUAUGGCACAGAAGAAUAUUUGCAUCCUGACAUGUAUGAGAGAGCAGUGCUAAGAAAAGAUCACCAGAAGAAAUAUGGAGCAACAGUUGAUCUUUGGAGCAUUGGAGUAACAUUCUACCACGCAGCUACUGGAUCACUGCCAUUCAGACCAUUUGAAGGGCCACGUAGGAAUAAAGAAGUGAUGUAUAAAAUAAUUACAGGAAAGCCUUCUGGUGCAAUAUCUGGAGUACAGAAAGCAGAAAAUGGACCAAUAGACUGGAGUGGAGACAUGCCUGUUUCUUGUAGCCUUUCGCGGGGCCUUCAAGUUCUACUUACCCCUGUACUUGCAAAUAUCCUUGAAGCAGAUCAAGAAAAAUGUUGGGGUUUUGACCAGUUUUUUGCUGAAACAAGUGAUAUACUUCACCGAAUGAUAAUUCAUGUUUUUUCACUACAACAGAUGACAGCUUAUAAGAUUUAUAUUCAUAGUUAUAAUACUGCUACUGUAUUUCAUGAGCUAGUGUAUAAGCAAACCAAAAUAAUUUCUUCCAAUCAAGAACUUAUAUAUGAAGGACGACGCCUGGUUCUAGAGCCUGGAAGACUAGUGCAGCAUUUCCCUAAAACUACUGAGGAAAACCCCAUCUUUGUUGUAAGCCGGGAACCUCUGAAUACCAUAGGCUUGAAAUAUGAAAAAAUUUCCCUCCCUAAAGUACAUCCACGUUAUGAUUUAGACGGGGAUGCCAGCAUGGCUAAGGCAAUAACAGGAGUUGUAUGUUAUGCCUGUAGAAUUGCCAGCACCUUGCUCCUUUAUCAGGAAUUAAUGCGAAAAGGGAUACGAUGGUUGAUAGAAUUAGUUAAAGAUGAUUAUAAUGAAACUGUCCACAAAAAGACAGAAGUUGUGAUCACAUUGGAUUUCUGCAUCAGAAACAUUGAAAAAACCGUGAAAGUAUAUGAAAAGCUAAUGAAAAUCAACCUUGAAGCAGAAGAGUUAGGUGAAAUUUCAGACAUACGCACCAAAUUGUUGAGACUUUCCAGUUCUCAGGGAACAAUAGAAACCAGUCUUCAGGAAAUCGAAAGCAAAUUAUCUCCAGUUGGACUGUUGGCAGAUACAUGGGCUCAUCAAGAGGGCACUCAUCCCAAAGAGAGAAAUAUAGAAAAGCUGCAAGUUUUCUUAAAUUGCAUCACAGAGAUUUACUAUCAAUUCAAAAAAGACAAAGCAGAACGUAGAUUAGCGUAUAAUGAAGAACAAAUCCACAAAUUUGAUAAGCAAAAACUGUAUUACCAUGCUACAAAAGCUAUAACCCACUUUACAGAUGAAUGUAUCAAAAAAUAUGAGACAUUUUUGGAUAAGUCAGAAGAAUGGAUGAGAAAGAUGCAUCAUCUUAGGAAACAGUUAUUAUCCCUAACUAACCAGUGUUUUGAUAUUGAAGAAGAAGUAUCUAAGUAUCAGGACUAUACUAAUGAGUUACAAGAAACUUUACCUCAGAAAUUGUUUGCAGCCUCUAGUGGAAUCAAACAUACCAUGACUCCAAUUUAUCCAUGUUCUAACACAUUAGUGGAAAUGACUCUUGGUAUGAAGAAAUUAAAGGAAGAAAUGGAAGGAGUAGUUAAAGAACUUGCUGAAAAUAAUCAUAUUUUAGAAAGGUUUGGCUCUUUAACCAUGGAUGGUGGGCUUCGCAACGUUGAUUGUCUCUAGCUUCCUAAGAAGUUUGAGCAAAGUUUCCAUUUGCACAAGAAAAUAAUGCUGGGGCAUUAAAUGAAUGUCUCUAUAGUGAUCUCAUCUUUCUACAAUUCAGUAUUUGAUGUGGUAGUGUAAAUAUGUACAGUAUUGUAAAUACAUGAAAAUAUAUAAAUUUUUGGCUUCUGUUAAGAUGUAAUUUUACCUUUUAACAUUUGUAAUUAUGAGGACAUUUGACCUCAGUAAGCACUUAGAAGAAAGCCAUGACUGAUAUAUUGAGAUACUGAUUCUCUACUCUUCUGAGUAAAGCUCAGUCUUAUAUUUCUGACUGCCUACUGGAACCAUUUUAAGUGGAACCAAAACUGGCAUCCUUAUAAAUCAGAAAAGACUGAUAACUGACACAUUUGUAAAUGGUGAAAAGGUGAGGUGGCUUCUGUGAGGAGCAAAACCAAACCACUGUUUUACUAGGAUUACAAUUUUUUUUUUUGAGAAGGAUAAAGUGGCAUUAUUUCAUUUUACAAGGUGCCCAGGUUCUUGUUCUCCUUGUACAUGUUUAAUUUGUGAUAAAUUAUUGUACACAAUUUUAAGUAAUUUAAUUAUUAAAAACUAUUCACUUUGGCCAUAAAUGGUAUAACUGUCACAAAGUUUCAGGAUAAUUUCAACUGCUUUAUGCUAUAUAUAUUUCAUCUUUAGUUCUGCUUACCACUUCAUGAAAAAAAAUCAAUAAAUUUCUCAAUUUUAA